AAUCCCCUCCCAUCAUUUCCUCGCGCUUCUAGCAGUCAGCCAUUUUCUGCAGUUAUCGGAAGAGGAAAUUUUCAUCGAGCAAUAUCUUAAUUCUCAAGCUUUAACGUAUCGUUAAUAAUAAAAAAUGAGCGAUGCAGAGGAAACACGUUUUGAGGGCAGGGAAUCCCGUUCGCCAUCCAAAUCGGAGCGAGGCAGUCCUGCCAGGGUUAAGUCGGAGAGCAGAUCUGGCUCUCCCAGCCCUGCCAGAGCCUCCAAGCGUUCUCAAUCAAGAUCCCGAUCCAAAUCCAGGUCUCACUCACGCCGCCAUUCAAACCGCCGGUACAGUCGUUCUCGAUCUCGCUCCUACCGGAAAAAGUCUCGUUCUCGCUCGUACAGCCCUGAAUACCGCCGCAAGAAAUCCCAGAGUACAUCACCCAUGUCUAGCCGCCGCAGACACGCCGGCAGCAGGAGCUCAUACAGCCACGAAUCCAAAAAAGACUCGAACAGUCAUGGUGAUGUCAGGGCCAAUCCAGAUCCUAACACCUGUCUUGGUGUAUUUGGUCUGAGUCUGUACACCACAGAGCGAGACCUGAGGGAGGUCUUCUCACGUCACGGACCUUUGGCUGGCGUCAACGUUGUGUACGAUCAGCGCACAGGACGCUCUCGCGGUUUUGCCUUUGUUUACUAUGAGCGCAUCGAUGAUGCAAAAGAGGCUAUGGAGAGAGCAAAUGGCAUGGAGCUGGAUGGGAGGCGCAUCAGAGUGGACUAUUCCAUCACCAAACGUGCACACACCCCAACUCCUGGCAUCUACAUGGGUCGGCCGACACAUAACGGAGGUGGGAGCAGCAGCAGCAGUGGUGGUGGUGGACGAAGAAGAGAUUCAUAUUACGAUCGUGGCUAUGAAAGAUAUGACCGUUACGAUGAGUACGACUACAGGUACAGCAGGAGGCGCUCUCCAUCACCUUAUUACAGCCGAUACAGGUCUCGCUCAAGAUCUCGCUCCUACAGCCCAAGACGAUACUGAGAAGAUCUUGACUUCUUACAUUUUUGCCUGUUUGCAUCCAGUGAUACAUUUAUAAAGACAUGAAGUACAUGUAAAAUCCACCCUGAAAGAAAACCUGUGUGUGGGAGUAGCUCUGAUUUGACAAGAUUGGUUUGUUUAGUAGAUGUCCUAAUUGGUCUUUCAAGUAUGUAAGUUUAAGGUUUGUGGACAUCAUCAUUAUGACGUUUUGUUACGUGCUAAACAUUUUUGGAAGUGUGUUUGUAUGGUCUGAUAUGACUGUGCAUUUAUCUGUUCUUCAUAUAUAGUGGGAAGAUUUUAAAGGGUCUGUGUGUUGAGCGCGUGUGUGAGUAGCUUUAAGUGACUAAGAUUGUCUGUUUAUCUGUGAAAUGCUUUAUUUUCAAGAAUUAGUUGUUUCUUUCUCAAGGAAUAAAGACUUGCAAAUACAA